AUGGCGCGCAACCGUAUUCGAUUGCUUCUAAUCCUCCUUCUGGCGCUGUCGAUUGGCGGCCUGUUUUCCUCCUCGCUUCGGCAGCUGUACUACCUCCUUCGGCUCCCCUUUGUCUGGAAGGCGUCAUCCGCAGCCUCUAUCAUCUCGCAGGAACAUGACCAAUUCGAUGUCACAUUUGCCGCCUUCGAGGCCAAUUACUCGACUGCUGAGCUGGGACGUCCUGCCUUGAUACCGCCCAUCCUGCAUCACAUCCACCUGGGCUCCAGACCGCCACGAGAGGAGUGGCUCGAGGCCCGCGAGCUCUGCCUCAAGCAUCAUGCCUCCUGGAGUACCUUUGUCUGGAACGAGGAGAGCGCGGAGAAGCUGGUACGCGAGGACUUUCCCCAUCUCUACGAAAUGUGGAAGGGCUAUCCGUACAUGAUCCAGCGGGUGGAUGCGCUGCGAUAUAUGAUACUCCACAAACACGGUGGCGUAAUCCUCGACUACGAUCUGGCAUGCAAACGCUCCCUCGAGCCGCUGCGACAGUUCGACUUUGUGGCGCCGGCCGCCCACCCCGCCGGCCUCUCCAUCGGCAUGAUGCUCGCCUCCACGGGAAAUCCGUACGUCAAGGCCCUGGUCGAUAAUCUCCCGCUGUACAACCGGCGGUGGUUAUAUCUGCCCUAUGUCACGGUGAUGUUCAGCACGGGCUGCCACUACGCUUCAACAAUCUACACCCUCCAAUCCAACCGAUCCUCUCUCCGCAUCCUGUCCGGGCCGCCCGACGCACCGCGCCUGCACAAGCUCAACGGACAGGUCAACACGCCGCUCUUCCGCCACCUGGGCUCGUCCUCCUGGCAUAACCGGGACGCGCGGCUGAUCUCGCUGUUUAAGAAUCUCGAUCAGCGGGCGUUGUUUGCGGCAUUAGUUUUUGGUCUUUUUGCCCUCACCACGAUGAUCCUCUGCUGUGUGCAGCGGGGACGUGGAUGUGGACGCGCUUCGGAUGAAGAGCAGAGCACCGCUGUGUCGAAGUCGUUGACAAAAAAUGCCUAG